AUGGUCAAACGGCCCUUCUUCACGCUCGAAGAUGCAAAGAUCUCCUUCAGCCUCUUUUGCUGCAUGUGCGGCGUCGGGACGCUCAGCAUGCCGGCCAACUUUGCCCGCGCCGGUCCCGUGCUCGGCGCACUCGCGACUGUCUUCAUGGCGCUCGCUAACAUUUACGCGUCCGUGGCCAUGUCCAAAGUGUUGCUACUCGCUCCGAGCUCCGUGAAUACCUUCAGUGACUUGGGCGAGUGGUGCCUGGGCAAAACGGGUCGCUGGCUCAGCGUCGUGUCCCAAAUGGGCUCGUGCCUCCUCAUGCCCUGUGUCUUCCUCGUGCUCGGCGGCGGUCUGCUCGACCGGCUCUUCCCCAACGCAUGGAGCACCACCGUGUGGAUCAUCCUCAUGACGAUCACAGUGCUCCCGCUGGCGUUAGUCCCGACGCUGAAAGAAGGCGCCGGGGCCGCGUUCGCGGGCUGUAUGGGUACGCUCAUUGCCGACGGGUUGGGCAUUGCCAUUGUCGCGCACGGCAUGCGCGACCACCCGUCGGUGCCGCCGCCCGAGCUGAGUCUGCCUCAAGUCGCGGGCGCCUUUGGCAGUCUCGCAAUGGGCUUUGGCGCGGGCAUUGUCCUGUCGGACGUCCAGCGCCAACACAGCGACCCGACGCGCGUCCCGCGGGUCGUUGUGGCCACAAUGAUCUUUGUCAUGUGCAUCCUCCUCGUGCUCGGCCUCGUGCCGUACUUGGGCGUGGGGUGCCAAAUCUCGGGCAACUUGCUGUACAUUAUCUACCCGGACGCGAGCACGGGGCUGACGCUCUUGGGCUUUGCCCCCAAGUGGGGCACUGUCGUGCUCGCGUACAUUGCCAUGCAAAUGCACGUCACGAUCGCCUUCGCCGUGCUCAUUAACCCGGCGUUCUACAUUGCCGAGCGCCUCGUGCUCGGCAUGCACGAGAAGAGGGCGGUCGAGGUGGAAACCGGCUUGGCGUUUCACGAAUCCGGGACCCCGGGGCUGCCCAAGACGAGCGAAGUGUCCGCAGUGAGCGCCACGUCCAGUCGUCGCCUGCGGACGUCCGUGUUCCCGCUCACGGGCGAGCUCAACAACGACCACGAGCUCGAAGCGGCCGAGUACCGCGGCGCGAACGCGAUCAAGUACAUUGUGCUGCGCCUCGCGAUCAUUGUCGUGCUCGUGGUGCUGUCCAUUAUCUUUGCCGACCACUUUUCCGACUUUGUCGACUUUGUGGGCGCGUCGGCCAUCACGGCCAAUUGCAUUGUGUUGCCGACGAUUUUCUACCUCAUGAAGACGUGGCAGACCGUCCCAAUGUACGAGAAGGUGGGGGCCGGCGUCGUCAUUGUCGUGUGCACGGUCCUCGGCUGCUAUUCGACGUACACUGCUGGCAAGAAUUUGUUUUAUCCGUCCGACUCGGACGCGCUGUUCCCGUACUGCGACGCCGAGUUCCAAGACGCAGUGUACUUCAAUCGAACGGCGCUGUAG